UUAACUUCUAAACGUGAAAUAAAGAGACAAGAGAUGUUAAAAAAACAAAAAACUUCUUCUCUCCAACUUGAGAACUAAAUCAAUUCAUUUUACACCACCCCUCACUGUUUAAUUUUAACUCUUUUUUUUCUUCUUUUUAUUAUAACGUACAGCAUGUGUCUUGUAUGGAUGUACAGAAGAGUAUUAGGGCCAGGCAUGAGACAAAAAAGUUUAAAAAAAUGUAUUAGAUGAAGAAUAUAUCAUAUAUUAACUUUAUAUUAAAAAAUAAUAUGAAUUCUUAUACCUGGCCCUAAUAUUCUUCUAUGGAUAUCUGCAGUUUUGAAUCAUUUACUGUAGUGUUGCAGUUCCUCACUGAGACCACUGGUGGGCAGUAAACAAUCAUGAUUCUAAAUCAACUCAGGUCAACUGGCUGCUUAAACUAGUUUCAUGACAGUCACUCAUCCUAACAGCCCACUGAUGCUACCACUGAAAGCUUUUUUUUUUUCAAAAUAAAAUAAUCCAACACUCAACAACACAUCUUUAUACAGACGUUAUAUACAGUAAUGCAGGCAGCUGACGCUUGGAACCAAAUGCAAAUAAGGCCCUGCUGUGUUGAGAGACAGAGGAAGUGAAUAUGUUGUCUUUCAUCUGCAUCGUCUGUUCAUUUCUGACACAUCAUUCGUUACACCAGGAAGUUUGUUCUCUGUGCCGAGGGUCAGAGGGUGGGUGUGCUCCGAGUGAGGAUUUCACAGGUGGCAGAGCAGCAUUUUGUCAAACGGUGUGCGUGACUUUAGAUUGUGGAAGGAUGGAUGCAGCAGUCCGUGGUCCCAUGUGAGGCUGAUGAAGAGUGACCUACUGGGAGUGUCUGCAGUGAAAUGAGAUCAUCACGGAGCGUGGCCCACAGUGUGAGCCUCAAGGUCGACAGUUGUCAAAUGGAUUCUGACUAUGAGAAUCUGGGAGGAUGUGAACCGGGGCAGGUUUUCCUCCUCCAGUACUCGGGGGGACCAGCAGCCGGGUGCCCCGACACCCUGGAGCUGUGUGAGGUUAGAGAAGGCACAGCCACAAGCCAGCAUGUCAGGGAUGAGACGCCUGGCGAGGAGCAGAUCAGCUCUCUGCGGAGGAACCACUGGUCAGCUGCAACCCUGAAGGUCCUCUCUGCAAUGCCAAGUCGCACCGCUGGGAAAAGUAGCGCUGCAGUCAUUUCCCGGCGUUCCCGGCCACAGCGACACCGCACAUCCCCCCGCGACUCCUCUCAACCCCCCAGACCGAUCCAGGACGACUUCAGCGAGGCUGACGUGGGGGAAGCCAGCACUGAGGGGAACAAGAAGGAGCAGCUGGUGUCCAACCUCCGAGGCCUCUCAGCCAGUGAGGCCAUGCGGAAGCUGCGAGCCCUUCCAUUCUGCCUGGCAGAUAAGAUGGAGCUCAGGCGACUUGCUUUCAGCGACGUAGCUACAGGUUCACUCAUCAGCAGAAACGUUCCUUGCUACAGUUUUCUCAGCGUGUACAUUUCAAGGGUGAGUACAAACAGUGUAAUCUACGUGAUUUUUCCCUUAUGCAUCAUUCAAACGCUCGGGUUUUUCUCCCCCCAGACUUGGCGUCACUGCCUCUUCAGCUGCCACAGCGUCCUCGGUUCCCUCCAUCUGUGGCAAUUGUCCACGAAGAGACUGGGUGGACGUUUCGGAACUGGAGUGGUCUCCUACUUCCUGUUCCUCCGAAUGCUCCUGCGCUUGAACCUCCUGCUCCUCGUCACCAACGGCCUGUUCGUGGUCGUCCCUCAGGCCAUCCACCCUCCUCCUCUUCGUGACUCUCAUCUCGACAAUUUCAUCGGCCUCAAUCUUCUAACGGGCACGGGCUACCUCUCUCAGAGUGUGAUGUUUUACGGCUACUACACCAACACCACCGUCACAGCGUGUCAAGCUGCUCUCUCGACCGCUCGUUCCAACGGCGGAUCACCUGAUCUGCCCAUCCGUGAUAAUGACCGGUGCCAGACAGUGCCAUACAACAUACCCGCAGCCUACUUCUACACCACCGCCAUCGCCUUCUUCAUUACCUGCAUCAUCCUGGUGUACAGCAUUUCCAAGUCGUUCGGGAGAAGUUUUCAUGUCCUCAAGUCUAACAGGAAUCUGGCAGUGAAGGUUUUCUGCACCUGGGACUUUAAACUGAGCAAGAAGACGUCUGUCAGGUUUCAGUCGGAGAAAAUCAGCAUUCAGCUCAAAGAGCUUCUGUCUGAGAUGAUCAGUGGAGACGAGAGGAAGAGCUGCCUGCAGGGACUCGGCCACCUCGUGGUGAAUCUGCUGACCUGGGCUGUGUGUCUAGUCGGCAUCACCCUGGGCGCCACGGCCGUCCACUUCCUGUCAGAGACCACCAUAAGGCGGGGUGCAGUCAGAGAGACUGAGCUGCUGCUCUUGUCUGCAGCGGUGUCAGGCGUGAACCUGCUACUCCCCGGCCUCUUCAACCUGUGUGUUUGGGUGGAGAAACAUGACUCACCCAGCGUCUAUGUGUAUGUCUCCAUCUUCAGGAAUCUGCUGUUGAAGAUCAGUAUUGUUGGAGUUCUGUGUUUCCGCUGGCUGGGGAGAGUUGCUGUGGAACCAGAAAGUCGCGAUCUAAAGUGUUGGGAGAGCUUUGUGGGCCAAGAACUGUAUCGCUUGCUCCUGAUGGACUUCAUCUUCACGGUGCUCUACACCUUUCUGGGAGAGUUCCUGUGGAGGCUCUUUUCCAAGCAAGUGCUGAAAAGGAACAGAAAGCCGGUGUUCGACAUUGCUCGUAAUGUGCUGGAGCUCAUAUAUGGACAAACUCUUACUUGGCUCGGGGUGCUGUUUUCUCCACCUCUUCCUGUCGUGCAAAUCAUAAAACUGCUUUUGCUUUUCUACUUAAAGAAGAGCAGUCUGAUAGCCAACUGUCAGGGCCCCGGACAGCCCUGGAGGGCCAGUCAGAUGACAACACUGUUCAGCACUCUUUUGUUCUUCCCGUCUUUUGUCAGUGCUGCCGUGUCUAUCGCUUAUACACUUUGGACGAUUAAACCCUCAUCGGGGUGCGGACCUUUCAGGACUCUCACCACAAUGUUUCACUCAGGGAAGCUUUGGGCCCAGGAGCUGGAGAACGCCCACCCAGUCCUGUCUUGGCUCAGUUGGGUCUACAACUCUCUGGUGGAGAACCCGGUCUUCUUAUUCCUCGCCACUGGAGUCUUUCUAUUGGCGAUAUAUUUUCAUGCUCAAGUUGUUGAUGGCCAAAGGAGAUUCAUCAGCCGGCUAGAAAAUCAAAUUGAGAAUGAGGGGAAGGACAAAAGGUUCCUCAUCUCCAAACUGCAAGCCAUCUGUGAACAACAGUAUCUGGUUUCCCCUGAUAGAUGAGGUGGGUGGUGUCAGUAUUGUAUACUGUGGUUGCAAUGGAUCUUCUCACCAUUUUAAAGGACCUCACUUACAUGUUUUCCUUUUUCCCCCUCAUCAGUGACAAGCAUCUUAGCUAUCUCAUCUACGUCAAGGUGGUUGUCAAUGUCACUGGAAAUGUCACAGGCAAGCUAUAAGGAAAACGACAAUAACCAUAACAUUAGAAAGUGUUACUUAAGCAAUAGCUCACGACAGGCCGCGGUACAGUAUUCGCUCACUAUACCACAGUUAAGGGGCGUUGUUCGGCCGGACGCGAAACCGUCACAUUUAGAUUUAGAUUUAACAUUUUACAUUUAGAUUUAAAAUUGACGUUAUAUUUUUACGAAAACAAAAGUAAAUAUCACAAGUUCACAAAUAUUGCUGUAAAUGUGGUCAAAGGUGACUUAAAAAAAAAUUCACAUCACUUUUUUCCACGUUGUCUGUUGUAUAUAUGUAUAUUUCAGCGUGCUCCACUUUACAAUCGGUGCCCCAUAGAAUAAUGAUCUUAAAUGUUUUUGCAUAAAAAGACACAAUAAAUGUACUGUUUUAUUCAA